UAGGAAUAAACUUGAUAUUUUUUAAUCAAAAUUUUAAAAGAUAUGUCAAGUUUUUGGGACAGACCUGGUGGACAUAAUCAAUAUAUAGCGGCAGUUUUAGCUUCACUCAGCGUAUUUAAUUUUGGUGUCACAAUCGGCUGGUCAGCACCUUCGGUUUUUGCUGUUACGGAUAAAAAGUAUUAUGGUUUUGCAGUGAGACUGACCGAAUAUGGAUGGGCCUGUGCAAUGGCCAAUUUGGGGUGCAGCCUAACGAUGGUGCCGGCCGCUGCGUUAGCCAACUGUAUAGGCCGGAAGUUGAUAAUGCUGUUAGUGGUGCCCCCAUACAUAGCAGGAUGGGUGCUAACGAUGUAUCCGUUUAAUAUGUAUUUGCUCAUGUUCUCGCGGCUGCUGCAAGGACUAUGCGCCGGCUGUUAUACGAUAAUCGCAUCGGUGUACUGUGUGGAAAUUUCUCAAGUGGAAGUGAAGCCAUAUAUUGGCAAUUUCCCCUUAAUAUUCUAUUAUCUGGGAAUCCUAUAUGCUUAUAUCCUGGGCGCCUUCAACAAUAUGCGUUACCUAAAUUACGGCUGCGCCGUUACGCCGGCCGUGUUCCUGCUCACCUUUGUGUGGAUGCCGGAGUCGCCGGUGUAUUACAUGCUUAAGAACAAGAAGAUGAAGGCCAUUGGCUCGCUUCAAUGGCUACGGGGCAAGCAUAUGGAUGCGGCUCGAGAGUAUGACGACAUAAUGGGGGCCAUAGAAAGACUUCGAGACAAUAAUAAAUUCAGCUGUCAGAAAUUGCGGCGCUUAGCCUCGGCCAAGGCAAUUAUUAUAUGCACGAUCAUGGUGGCGUUCAAGAACUUAUGUGGCAGCAUCGCUAUCAUAAUGUAUUCCACACUUAUGCUAGACGCGGCUGAUAGCCAGAUUUUCAUGGACUCCAAAGUUUCUAUCAUAUUUAUUGGAAUCUCUGUUUUAAUAUCUACCCUAAUUUCGGUGCACAAAUUUGACAGUCGUAGAACUCUGAUGAUAUGGUCGAUCAUAAUGGUGGCACUAAAUUGUGCUUUGCAAUCCAUUUAUUUUCAGAUGAAGGAUAACUACGUGCAUUCGCUUCAAUGGCUGCCCAUUCCCUCGCAUUUUUGUGCCUGA